CAGAAUUGUGGGGGAAAUGUCGUCUGCAUCUUCUAAAUCUCGAUAUUUAGAAUUCAGUGUUUUGAUAAGAAAAGCUGUGAUGAUGUCAGCGAAUUUUGAUCCAUGAUUUAAUUAAGGGUUAAUAUCAGCGUUGCCAGAACUUAUUGUAGUGUUGCCACAACAUUACAAUAAGUGCCAUCAGUAUUGCCACAACGUAUCAUACCAGAAGUGCCAGCUGUUUUAUCACUAAUUUCAUUACCGGAAGAACGGACAAUGUUACCAGAUUACAUAGAAAUGGCAGAAGUGUCAACAGUUUUACCAGAAGCGAGUAAAUCUGAGGGGCCGUCAGGGGUGCCAGAUCCGCCGUCAUUUAAAGUAUCAGAAAUGUUGCUAGAAUCAAGUGAAGCGAAUACCCUAGCAAUGGCGCCGUCAGUGUUACCAGGUGUAUCUACGUCACCAGAAACCCCGGCAGUGUUACCAGAAGCAGCACCGGCAGCUCCAUCAGUGGCGCCAGAAGCAAGUGCCGAAAGUCCAACAGAGUUACCAGAAUCGACCGCACCCGAAGUUCCGGAGCCAAGUGCAUUACGAAUACCAAUGGAGUUAACAGACACGCCCCCUCUUGCAAAACCAGCAGUGUUACCAGACAUUACAGAAGUGUUGCCGGAACCAACACCAGACCUCCCAGCAGUUUUAGCAGAGCAAGUAUCAGAAGUUCCAGCAGUGUUACCAGAACCAGUGUCGGAAAUCCAAGCAGUUUUACCAAACGAAACAUCAGGAGUUCCAACUUUGUUACCAGAACCAUCAUCGAAAGUUCCAGUAGUGUUACCAGAACCAACAUCUGCAAUCCCAGCAGUGUUACCAGAACCAGCAUCAGAAGUUUCAGUAGUUUUACCAGACUCAACUUCAGAAGAUUCAGCAGUAUUACCAGAAGCGUCGUCAGAGUCAACCACAUCAGAUGUUCCAACACUGUUGCCAAAACCAAGUACAUUGCAAGUAUCACCACAGUUACCAGACACACCCCCACCAAGAAAACCAGCAAUUUUACCAGAAUCAACAACAGAAGUUCCAGAAGUGUUCUCAAAACCAACAUUAGAAAUUCCAGCUUUGUCACCUGACCCAACUUCAGAGGUCCCAGCAGUGUUACCAGAGUCGACUACAUCUGAUGUCCCAAAAGUUUUACCAGAAUCAUCCUCGUCAGAUGCACUUGAAGUAUUGCCAGAACCAAGUGCAUUAAAAGUAUCAACAGAGUUUCCUUACACCCCCCCGCCAGGAAAACCAGCAGUGUUACCAGAACCAACAGGAGAGGUCCCAUUAAAGGUAUCAGAUACAGCUUCAGAGGUUGAUGUGGCAGUGAUACCAGAACCAGCCUCGAAAGUACCAGGACCAACCACAUCAGAAGUUCCUACAGUGUUGCCAGAACCAAGUCCGCAAGAAGUACCAACAGCGGUACAAAACACAAGCCCGGGAGGAAAACCAGCAAUGUUACCAGAACCAACAGUAGAAGAGCCUGCACUGUUCCCAGAUGAAAUGUCUCUAGACCUUUCAUCACUAUUUUUCGAGGAAAUAGAUAUUGCAGAGACACUGCCGGAAACUCUUGCCCAGGAAAAAAAUUCAGAAAUCACUGAAACCCCGGAAAAUCAAGAAAAGGUUGAUCUGAAAAACACAGCGCCACCAUCACCUAAAUCAGCUUCGCCUUUUGCGCUGGAAAAAGGCGAAAUGGAAAAUCUAGAAACCACACCAAAACACAGAUUCAACGUAAUGUCAGUAAAAGACAAUAGCGAAAAGGAAUUCAAAAUACCGGAUAAUCUAUUGCUGGUAAACUUCGAUGCGACGAGUGAAAAUGAAAGUCCACAUACCUAUUCUAAAAUAAUGGAGCGAGCCAAGCCAUUAAAGCCCCUACUUCAAAGGCAAAGGUUACUGCAUGCGAUGCUGAAUAUCAAAAGUGAUCCCUAUGACUUCAGUAAUUGCCUUGAAAUUACAAGCUUGGAUUUUGGCGGGAAAGGGGAUACGGACGAAAAUGGCGUCUUUUGGUUCGGUCGGAAUGGAGAUACGGACUUAAAAUCUGAAAUAUCUAAUGGCAAACUUCAGAGACAAACAAUAAGCUCGGCGCGUGCUUAUCUGCGAAGAAGCAACAGAAGAGAUAAAUCUGAGCCAAGACGCCAAAAUCAAAGAUCAGAUGGAAAUGCUGAGUCAAACGCGGAAGAGGUGUCCCAUAAGCAUACCAAAAGAAAGAGGCACUUUAUCGGAGAGAAAACGCCAUCGCAGACACCCUCGGUUCAAAACAGUGGAAUUUUGCCGCCCGAUGAAAAUAACGAGUCAGCCGCUCCUGACGCCGCUCCUGACGACCCGCCCCCCCGCACGACUCGAGAGGAGACAGCUGACACCUCCCGGAACGCGAACGUCAAACGCUCCAGCCUGAGGCCACGGCGGAGGGGAGCUCGAAAGCCUCCGCUCAGCCAGAGGAACAAGCGAGUGACGGAUUUUUCUCGCGGCCGGAAUCGAGCUCCUCUCGCGCCGAUCAAGGCUGAGCGGAGGACGUCGCCCAUUGCAAACGCCGAGUUCUCGGGCUUUGCAACGGGGAAACCGCACGCCACGGACCUUGCCGCAGCCAGGAAUCUGUCUCCCGGAUCCGCGUGGCCGCAGAAUCCUCUGGCGGAUGUCCCAGAAGGAUCUCAUGUGGACGUCAUCGUCACCAGAAGGUCGCGGUCGGGGCUGCCCGUGGGGCGCCGCCGCCUGGCCCCCGUCUCGGCGUCCAUGGCCAAGAGAGAGGGCGCCCAGGGUCAGCCUUUUGCCGAGGGCGGCCACAGCGCCGGGGCCCUGGUGCUGCCGAGGAUAGGGUCGACCCGCCACGGAUUCUCGGCGCGAAGGAACAAGCUUCCUACGCUGCAAGAGAAUCCCGCGGGCGGCCAAGGGCAGCGGUUCUUCCAGGCGAGGAAGCAGAAUGUCCCCCUGCGGGGCCAGGGGCAUCCCCACGAGGCCAAGUGGGAGGUGGAGGACCUGUAGC